CUCUGACGCAACAUCCGGUAUCACGCCGACUCCUCCUUUGUCUAGAAACCUCCCUGGUUUCCUUUUACUCCGCCUUGUUAUUUAUUUAUUUCCUUUUAAUUUAAGGGGGUAUAUUUUAUAUAUCCGUCUUUUUCAGCAAUUGAAUGACAGUCGGCUCUGAUACAUAUAUGCCUAAGAGCAAAGCUCCCAAAAUGGACGACCUGGAUUACAUCCCGGCUGAUCUGAGCCCAGAGGAGCGAGCGGAGCUGGAGGAGAUCCGGCGGAGGAAAGGAGCGCUGCUGCUGGAGAUCCAGAGGCUGCGAGAGGAGCUGCGAGAGGCCAUGAUGGAGGUUGAAGGGCUGGAGAACAGCACAGAGGGCAGCAAAACGCUCCAGAAGAGUCGGCAUGUGGCUAUGGGGAGGAAAAAAUUCAACAUGGACCCCAAAAAGGGUAUUGCGUUCCUGGUGGAGAACGAGCUGCUGCGUCACACUCCAGAGGAAAUCGCUCAGUUCCUCUAUAAAGGGGAGGGGCUUAACAAAACGGCCAUCGGAGACUAUCUGGGAGAGAGAGAUGAGUUCAACAUUCGGGUUCUGCAGGCGUUUGUUGACCUUCAUGAGUUUACGGAUCUCAACCUGGUUCAGGCUCUCAGGCAGUUCCUGUGGAGUUUCCGUUUGCCCGGUGAAGCCCAGAAGAUUGACAGAAUGAUGGAAGCGUUUGCGCAGAGAUACUGUCACUGCAACCCCGGAGUGUUUCAGAGCACUGACACCUGUUACGUGCUGUCAUUCGCAAUCAUCAUGCUGAACACCAGCCUCCACAAUCCCAACGUUCGAGAUAAACCCACAGUGGAGCGCUUCAUCAGCAUGAACCGGGGGAUCAACGAGGGUGGAGACCUGCCCGAGGAGCUGCUCCGAAAUCUGUACGACAGCAUUAAGAACGAGCCGUUCAAAAUCCCAGAGGAUGAUGGGAAUGAUCUGACUCACACUUUCUUCAACCCCGACCGAGAGGGCUGGCUGCUUAAACUGGGAGGCCGAGUGAAAACAUGGAAGAGGCGGUGGUUUAUUCUGACCGAUAACUGCCUGUAUUAUUUUGAGUAUACUACAGAUAAGGAGCCGAGAGGCAUUAUCCCCCUAGAGAACCUGAGCAUUCGGGAAGUGGAGGAUCCACGCAAACCCAACUGCUUUGAGCUGUACAUCCCUAAUAACCGAGGGCAGCUCAUUAAGGCGUGUAAAACGGAAGCUGACGGGCGAGUGGUGGAGGGCAAUCACAUGGUCUACCGAAUCUCCGCCCCCACGCCGGAGGAGAAGGAUGAAUGGAUCCACAGUAUCAAAUCGGCAGUGAGCGUGGACCCUUUCUACGAAAUGCUGGCGGCAAGGAAGAAACGCAUCUCCUUGAAGAAGAAAGAAGAGCAGGCUUAGGACCGUUCUUCUUCUCUUCUUCCUCAUCCCUUCAUCCUUUGUUCAUUCCUCCAUCAUCUACACCUCAUUAUUUAUCCCUCCUCUAAGGACUGUUUAUUGGAGGACGGGGCCAACGUGAGCUUCAGUGUUUCAUUCACUCCUGUGCUUGUGCCCUCCAGUGGAGUGUUCACUACGUUACCCUUACUCAGGCUAGGCCCCCUUGCGAAAAAAAAGGUACUCCGAAGCUAGCAGGAAGUGUUAUUAAGAGGAAGUGUUACUCCAUAGCAUCCAUACACACUACUGUCCCUGUACACUGUUAUGUAAGGACAGAAGGAUGACCCUAGAUUUUCCUCGUCGUCAUCACGUCAUUGUCCUUACACACAACUACUGACUUUACACAUUAUUGUCCCUAAGCUUGCACAUUACUGUCCAUACACACUACUAGUGCUGGACACUACUUUUAAUACACACUACUAUCACUAUAAACUAGUGUCCCUAGUACCUUCUACAGUCCCUACACACUACUAGUGCUUACUACUGUUGUUGGCUGGUCUUCCUCUCUCUUUAAUCAGAUACUGUGAAACACUCCUUUACUGAAACACUGAUACACACAUACAAGUUAAUUAUCACAUGGAUAUGACGUCAUCAUCGUCAUCGUUAUCAUCGUAGCUCAUCACCAUUGUCUUUCUUUUAUUGACUUUCUUUUAAAGGCACACAAAGGACUAGUGUCUAGGGAUUUAGUCACUCAAGCUUUUUAUUAACUCCUGGCUCUUUGCCCUUUCUCUGACUGACUUCUACACACUACGUAGUGCACCAUAUGUCCAUUAGUAUAUUGAGUACCCAGUAAUAUUGAGUGCAUUCUACACCCUAUGUAGUGUCCGUUAGGGAGCCAUAUUGAUUAAGGCUCACUCCUACCUGCAUAGGGUUUUAAAUAUUGUCUUAUACACCCUAUAUAGCGCACUACAUUUUUAGGGUAUGAAAUAAUAGUUCAUGAACCCUAUGUAGUGCACUGUCUUCCCACCCAAAACUGAUUCAGUUUCCUACACAACAUAGCAUGCAAAAAUAAUGGCUCAUACACCCACUAUAUUCCCAAAAGAGAGUCAUUUGGAGUUUAGCUGACUCAUCCCUACAUUAAAUCGCUAUAUACAGACACUAGUCCUGCUUGUUAGCUUUGACAGACAGAAAGCUAAUUUUUAUUAAUGCGACAUAUCCGUUUCAAAUGUAAACAUUAAGUAGAUUUAGCUGGGAAACGAGUGUCCCUCGAUUGAGCAGGUUGCUUUCAGUUGGCUUGAAUCAUGCCUAUAAAAGGCUUUUGUUUUAUUUUCAUCAAAAGCUGUAGCUGCCUAAUAAUCACCCCACAGGGAUCCAGAAGAAUGCUGAUGGCCUCGCUUCCUGUUAAACAACAGGAAGUCAGCGCUGCUGGGGUGUGACAGUGUUAGCACAGCUCUUUGAAUAGGUCCAUUUAUUCCAAUAUGCGGGAAAAUAAAGGUCUAAAGUUAGAGUUAGGUUACGCCCUGAUCACAAGAACAAAGGCUUGCCAAAUAAAUCUAAAUGCAGAUUUAAAGCCUAGACACUGAACUGGUUAGUUUAGAGCGAGAAAUUUCAAAACAUACCUCUAUGGAGUUAUUUUUCUGUCAAAUAUAAUCAUAUGGAAAUGUGAGUAUGAGAUUGUAAUUUUAUGCAUUGCAAAUCCAGAAUCCAAUACGUAAGUUAGUUUGCAGUUGUGAUAGUGACUUGUUUUUAACAUAUUUCUCAUAUUACAGCCAUACAUCUCUUUAGAUCAUUAAAAUGUACGUAUUUCCAUUUACAAAUCACAGAUUACGAUAGCUUAAGCAUUCUUACUGAAACAUGUCAUCAUUGUAACAUUUUGAGCUGCGGGGGCAGGGCUGAGAUAAAAGUUGCAUAUUACAAAGUACAAACACAAAAAUCGUAAUGAAACAUAAACUACAAACAAAACUGUAAUGAGACGUAAACUACAAACAAAAUAGUAAUGAAACAUGAACUACAAACAAAAUAGUAAUGAAACAUGAACUACAAACAAAAUCGUAAUGAAACGUAAACUACAAACAAACUCGUAAUGAAACGUAAACUACAAACAAAAUAGUAAUGAAACGUAAACUACAAACAGAAUUGUAAUGAGACGUAAACUACAAACAAAAUAGUAAUGGAACAUGAACUACAAACAAACUCGUAAUGAAACGUAAACUACAAACAAAAUCGUAAUGAAACGUGAACUAAAAACAACAUAGCCGUGAAGCAUAAACCACAAAUAUAACAGUCAUGAAACAUAAACUACAAACAUAAAAUAGUAAUGAAAUGUAAACUACAGACAUAAAAUAUUAACGAAGUGUAAACUACAAACAUAACAUCAUAAUGAAAUGUAAACUAAACAAAAUAGGAAAGAACCGUACACUACUAACACAAAAUAUCAACGUAGCAUAAACUACGAACAUAAAAUAUCAGUGAAAAGCAAACUACGAACCUAAAAUAGCAAUGAAACGUAAAGUACAAACUCAGCGUAGUAAUGAAACAUAAACUUAUUUCAAACUCAUUAUUAAUGAAAUCAAAGGCGUACUUUGUAAUACGUAAUUUCAGUGUUGCAUUUCCGUAUGAUUGCUUUAGACAGGAAAUGGACUCCAUAUACCUCUUAAGCACAUUAGCGUUAGCAUUAGCGUGGGCGUGUUCACUGACACGGCUAGUUCACUCUGAUUCGAGGGCUUUGAAGGAGUUUUAUGGCAGCUUAUCGUGAUGUAUUACACGUUGUCAUUACUGUUUUGUAAAUACGUUUAGUAUCUUUUUUUCUGGUGUGUGUAGACAUGUUAAUUUAUUGUUUCAUUUCAUUUUUUUUAUGUUUUUAUUAUAAUUAAUAAAAAUUAAUUUCCAUCGUCGUGGACUGGGGAUGCAUGUGUGCCUGCCGAAUCAGAUAUGAUCGUAUCGGCUUUGUUCAUAACAAGAGACUAUUAUUAGCGCUCCAUAUUUUUCAGAUUUAUACAUUCUAAUUUAGCGUUAGCAUGUAGGGUACUUCAACUCUACAUUUGCAUACGAAGUACUUUUACAUUUAACAAAAAAGAAGAAAAUAAAUUAUCGUCAAUUGUUGUAUACGCAAGAAGUAAUAAUAUGGAACGCUAAUAUUUCUCUUCUGUAAUUAGCCUUGUGUUUUUAGCUACUAACUAAUGAGAAUGAAAUGUAGCAGUGUAAUUUGCUUGAUCAUUUUUUUUUCUUUCUGUUUCCCUGUUAAUAUGAACAAGUGCUGCGUUAUUAUUUUUAAAAAACAUCUAAAUAGAGCGUAGCCAUGUUUGAAGUUAGAUAGAAUCUGUAUUAAAGGAACAGCCUGUUCUGGUGUUUCUGUAUCAAAGUGCCCUACAUGGUGUGUUACAUUAUGGCUUCUGUGUCCUAGGUAGCGCACUACAUGCCUUUUGGGAUUAGGCCGCACUGUUUUUGACUGAAUGAUGUAAUAAACAGGAAAUAGUCUCUUAAUGUAGCAAAGAAACAACACAAGGUUACAAAUGUGUACUGGUGCCAGACAAUAAAGUUCAAGACGACAUCAUAA